AUGCAAGUGUAUGAAUACGAAGACACCGGAUCGAACAGCCUCGAUCUGGAGACAGGCUCUGAAAUAGCCCGGUUCUCCGUUCUUUAUACAAAGGUAUCCACAAGAAAACACAAAAAAUGGGAAGGAGAUGGUGUACUUAUAUGUUAUUCGAACCUAGCACUUUUGAAAUCCGAGGACGAAAAGGAUGUUAUCAGCAGGUCAACAUCAGUAAAACGCAUCGAUGAUCUGCAUGAAGGCAAGGAGUUCAAAAUGGGAGUAUGGGAAGUUCAAAUUCAGGAAAGAAUUCAAACUCGAGAUUCAAAUGUUUCUGUCUCACCUGCUAUUGAGCGACCACAGACGAAUUCCUUGAAGCGAGCAAUGACAUUGUCUCCAGCUUAUAACGAGCCGAGACCGAAAUUAGGUACUGCUGAGCGACGGUGUUCGCAGGAUAACGAUGCCGUUAAGGAUGCCUCCCGUAGACAGUUCAGAUGUCCUCUUGUUGCAACAGCAACCCCCGACGAGGAGGUAUCACCUUUCAUCGUAAACAAAGACAGAGUGGAAGAAUAUGGAGAGGAGGCAGUAGUCGCCGACAUUUCUAUGAGUCGCCAUUUAAGAGAACAUCAGAAGGAUGGAAUACGAUUCAUAUUCUCUCGAUUGCAGGAAGGACGCGGCGUCAUUCUUGCUGAUGAAAUGGGCUUGGGGAAGAGCAUUCAGACCAUUGUGGCCACUCUUGCUUUAAUGAAACAGCCGAAGAGAUCUAGUCGGUAUAUUCCGAAGAAGUGUUUGCUGGUUGUUCCUUCAUCGUUGGUGAAUAACUGGAAGAGCGAAUUUCGCAAGUGGUUCUACAGGACUAGAAUUCCGGCAAUCACUGUGACAAAGACAUCAGAUAUAUCCAGCUACGCAUGUUCCUACAUAACUUAUCCAUACUUGAUAAUCAGCUAUGAGAUGUCUUUAAGGUACAUUGAGAAGCUGGCAGCAGUACGCUUUGACAUACUGGUAUGUGAUGAAGGACAUCGAUUGAAGAAUAUUAAUACAAAGCUACGGCAAGCGCUCGAUUCAUUGGGUAUUUCUCGUCGCAUGCUUCUCACCGGAACACCGUUACAAAAUGAUGUGGAAGAGUUCUUUUCUCUCUUGGAUUUCGUCCGCCCAACUCAGUUCGGAAAUGUAGCAGAGUUCAAAUCUAAGUGCAGUGCAGAGGAUUCAGAACUGAAUGCCACGAUUAAUGACUGCUUGUUAAGACGCACUGCUGAGGUGAACAACGUUCAUCUACCUGUUAGAAAUGAGUAUGUUCUGUUCUGCGAGCCAUCACCAAUCCAGAGAAAUGUUUUUCGAGCCCUAUGUGAUCAUGUCACUGGGGAACCGCUAGUGCUAAUUAACAUGAUGAGAAAAGCUGCAAAUCAUCCAGCUAUCCUGUAUAAGAAGCUGUCACGAUCUGCCAUCGAGAGCGGUCGCUUCGACUAUUCACGUUUGCUCUCGGCCUUUCCUACGAACUAUGGUGAUCGACCAGCAAGUCUGGCAGAUUCGGGAAAAUUGAGCGUUUUUGUGGAGAUGAUGGCAAGUUUCCGCCAACUUGGGGAAUGUGCGGUCGUAGUGUCAAAUUCUACAAAGACAUUAGACAUGCUAGCUUCUCUGUGUUCAUCUCUUGAUCUUAGUAUAAUGAGAUUAGAUGGUCAGACACCUAUUGCUGAUCGACAACAGAUUGUCAAUAAAUUUAACUCUGAGCGGGAUCCUGAGAACGUAUUCCUCCUGAGUACAAGAGCAGGAGGUGUCGGUCUUAACCUGAUUGGAGCUUCGAGACUGAUUCUCUUCGACUCCGAAUGGAAUCCUGCGUUGGAUCUCCAGGCAAUGGCUCGAAUAUGGAGAGAUGGGCAGACAAGGCCAUGUCAUAUUUACAGACUUGUGACUGCGGGUACUAUAGACGAAAAGAUUCUUCAGCGCCAGGUGAAGAAGGCUGGACUGACUUCUUUAAUCAGUCUUAACGACCAGUCGUCUAAAUUCACCUUCGCUGAUGAGGACCUCGAAGAUAUAUUCACUAUCGCUGAAACCCAAUGCGAGACGCAUGAUCUACUUGGAUGUAAAUGUGAUGGAAGUGGGCUACUCCCAGCUGAAAUUGAAGAAGAAGCGAGUGGAGAAGAGGACGAAGAUGAGAUGGCUAGUGCGAGUGCAGACGAAGUUUCCGUUGCCACUAACACUAAAGCCGAGAGUUCUGAGGAAAAAACUGAAGAAAGGGACGCAAAUCGGAAGGAAGAAGAUGAAGAUCUAACCGAAGAAGUGGAGGAUGAGCCGGCAACAAUGGCAGAAUUGUUUCGUUGGCGUCACUAUUCAUCUCGUCAUCCUCAGCCAUGGGAGUAUUUCAAGUCUAUUGCUGGAUUUGAUAACACCACUCUAAAUGAGCUCACAUUUGCAUUUCAUUUAUCUAGUAAAUACUGA